AUGGCGAUUGCAAUCCUGUCCCGCGGAAACUGCGGUCUCUCCAAAUGUAUCACACUUUAUUUGGUGGCCAUGGCGACGUCGGACCUCUCGGUGAUUGUCUUCGAGGUGAUAUUAAACCGGGUUUCCGGUCUUUAUUGGUCACAGUCCUUUCUGUUCUACACUCCCGUGUGCAGAUUGAUUCAAUUCCUGGCUCCCGUCGCCAUAGACUGUUCUGUUUGGUUCACGGUCGCUUUCACCUUUGAUCGCUUUGUUGCCCUUUCUACUCAGAAUCUGAAAAACGAAUAUUGCACCGAGAGAACCGCGGUUGUACUUCUCGUGACGCUGUGUGCGCUCUUCUGUUUAAAGAACCUUCCAUGGCCCUUUGCGUAUGUUGCCAUUGAUGUGUAUAAUGAAGGCAUUUCGAGGGACUGUCGUAUAUCGUCACACUUUUACACUAUGCCCGCAUGGGUGGCAUUUUCCUGGACUGAACAGCUGUUAACCCCAGUGGUUCCAUUCUGUUUGAUUUUGCUCUUUAACAUACUCACGGUCAGACGCAUAUUAUUUGCCAGUCGGAUCCGCAGGAGCCUUCGGGACCUCAGCAGUGUGGUGAAAGAAAAGGACCCUGAAAUGGGGAAACGCAGACAGUCCAUCAUUCUACUCCUCGCAAUAUCGAGUAGCUUUAUCAUGCUCUGGGCCACAACUGUCGCAUAUUUUAUUUACUUUCAAACUACAAAAGCCUUUAGACGCAGAACCUGGAUCAGACCUCUUGCAACAUUUGAAAGAAUUGGGGUGAUGCUUCACCUGCUGAGCUCCUGCACAAAUACAGCCAUUUAUUCCGUGACCCAGAGGAAGUUCAGAAUGCAGCUUCUCCAAGCGCUCAAAUACCUCCUGACUGGACUUUACAAAUCAGUGAAAUAA